AUGACUCCUACAGUGACACCAUUAAAGUCUCCUGCUGUAUCGGACAUCAACUUCGGCGCUGUCAUUGACAACGUCGAUUUGGAGAACCUCACCGAUGAAACAUUCAAUACAAUCCAAGAUGCCCUCUACAAGAAUCUGGUAAUGGUCAUCAAGAAUCAAGACCAUGUGACCCCGAAGGCACAAUACGAGCUCACGCAGCGUUUCGACCCAUCUGCUUCGCAAUACGGCCAUGGCAAGACCCUCGACGCCAAGCGCAGCAUCCUCCACCCCGAUCUAAAGACAGUCCCCCACCAGCCCCAGGUACAAGUCAUCGGGCACGGACACAUCGGCUCCUAUGAGGGCCUGUCAAACAUCCAGCUAAAGCACCCUCAUCACCGGACAUUCCACCGAGACGUGAUCCCAGCCGAAGAGGAUCACGACUUUACACGGUUCUACCGCUGGCACAUCGACGCCGCGUUGUAUGAAUUUUACCCACCAAAAGUGACCACUCUGCUAGCAGUCAAAGUACCCAAGGGUCGACGCCAGACUCUCAGGUAUGACGAUGGUUCCGACGAGACGUUAGACGUACCGCUCGGCACGACGGCAUUCGUCAGCGGAGAGAGAAUGUUCGAGCUGCUCUCCGAUGAAGACAAGAAAUUCGCCCUGAACAGUAAAAUCGAAUACGCGCCUCACCCCUACAUCUGGAUGAGCGCCGCGCGCGCCCUCCCCACCGGCCUCGGCCUAUACUCCGAAAACAAAGAACUUCCACUCUCAGAUCUCCCACCGAUCGACGGAUCUAAGAUCCAAGUUCUCCCUAUGGUCUGGAAGAACCCUCUCACCGGGAAUCCAGCACUACAAAUCCAUCCGUCGGCGGUCCGCAAGAUCCACUGCGCCGAUGGCACGGUGAUCGAAAAUUUGACGCGGGUGCGGGAGAUUGUGUACAAAUUCCAACGGCCGGCCAUCAAACCGCAGUAUGUGUACCCGCAUGACUGGGAAGAGGGCGACCUGGUGAUUUUCCAUAACCGCGGUGUUUUGCAUUCCGUGGUUGGGGCGUUUGGGGAUGACGAGGUGAGGCUGUUCAGGCAGUGUAAUUUGGCGGCUGGGGAGGCGCCGGUGGCAUAUGAGUAG